AAACGCCAAUACUUAUAAAAACAAACUUUCAAGUUUCAAAUGGAAUUAAGAUUAAUAAAAAGUUAAAGUCAGUUCAAACGGUUCAAGUCAGUUCAAAUUGGUUCAUACUGAGUUGCUUAGAGUCAGUUUAACUGAUCCUGAUCAACAUUGCCUUUAGAUCGAGAAUUUUUAUCAUAAUAUUUAAUUCUAAAACAAAUAUUAUAAAUAAAAUUACAAACUUAUUAAUGAUGUAUUUUCAUAAUUCAUUUCUUUCUCAUUUCGACAAAAUGGGCUAAACGCUUAACCAUACAAUUGAGGGUCAAUUACAAAUAGGUUAUUGUCUACAAGAGCUGAAACGCGUACUCAAGUUCGGGUUACACGAUUUUAUCAGCCAAUAAUAUAAAUCCCGAUUAAAAAUCCGAACGCGCAACUUUAGGAAUGGCUCGUCGGCUUUUAUAGAUCUAAUAUCCCUUUUUUAAAAAAAUUUGUUAAGCUAAUGUCUCAUUUCAAGAGUAAAAUUGAUUUUAUGAUUGAAGAAUACCUUGUAGACGCGGGAAAAUAUUAUGCACAAAAGAAUGAACGACGUGCAUCUACUUCAGAACUUGAAGAUUACAAAAAGACCUUCUCCAAUAAAGUUAAUAAGUAUGUUAAAGAAUUCGAAGAUGAAGUUAGUGAAAAACUUAAAAAUAAGGAUUGGGAUAAAGAAUUUAACAAACUCAAAAACAAAGAAGAUAUAUCAAAAGACAAGUGGAUUCGUCAAGCAAGAUCACUAUAUAUUGAAAAACUUUACUCUCAUAUAUGGAAAUCAUUAAAGAAAAGUUUUUUAUCAAAAUAUAACAAAGAACCUCAAGAAAAAGAUUUAAUUGAAUUCCCAAAAAUUGCUGCUGUUUAUUUCUAUAGAAAAGUUCUGGGGUCGCUACGUAAGGGAUCGGUUAUUAAAGAAUCAAAACGUGAAAAUUCAAAAAAUGCUGCACCCAAUGGUGUCAUUACACGUUAUGGGUUCCACGGCGAAAAACGUGAAAGUGUUGAUUUACUUAUUAACCACCAUCAUGAUCGCGUCAAUAAAUUGGUAAAGGGUAAAAAUGGAGCGUCAUCAUUUAAUCAUGAUCCUCAGAAGAUACGUCCAAAAAGUCUCAAUCCUUUCCUUCAGAUUAUAAAACAAGGCAAUGAUUCACAAAAAACAAUAGCUAAAAGGCUUUCGGAAGGUGGAAAUGAACGAGAAAAUAUAAAAGCAAGGAAAAUUAAUAAAGAUUUAUGAUUUUACACUUUGUAUUAUUGGUAUUAAUGGAAACAAUAAAUUUUUUUAUGAUGCUAGCUAGCUAGUAAUGUAUUAGAAGUUGUUCAAAAAUUUAAAUAAAUUUUUUUAUAAUGUAUAGUAUACAGUAUAUACAUAAUUCAUUAUAUAAAAGAGUCACUACAUAUUUUACCAAGUCAAUUCUCUAGAAUCAGUACCACAACCAUCACCACCACCUUCUUUUGAAGCUUCACUGCCACAACCUCCGCCUAAACUACCUUCGGGUGCAACAGCGGCUCUAAACAAUCUUGCACCAUAUUUUUGAUACAUUUCUGUUACACCUCCAGCAGCGAUUAACUUUUCUUCCAUUAAAGACAACUCAAAUUUAAAUUCUUUACCACAACAAAUUACUUUACGAUCUUUUACUUCAACUUCGACUUCAACCCCUUCUUGUGCAAGUGUAUAAAAUUCAUCGUUAUUU